CCGUUAUCGAUAGAAUAACGUCCCAAUAGAAAGAAACAAAAGUGGAAUGCAAUUACAUUAUGAAGCAAUGAACAUCUAAGUAACGUUAGUUCUGUAAAAUCAAACGUACAAAGUAAGAUCAGUCUUGUUUACGAUUAAAUACGCAUUUUAUUCAAUUUCGCUUCAACUUAAAAUAAUUUGCCAGUUUGCUAUCGUGAGCGUUAUUUUGCUAGCUAACUAGCUGUCAAAACCUAGGACUUUAUAGGCUGAACUGAAUUUUAUUAGAAGACGGAAAUAACUUUCUGUAUCCCGCUAUAUAAGCUUGACCCUGCUGGCAGUGAUUGCGAUCAUCACUGAAGCUGCAACAAUGGCAAUGUCAGGUGAUCUGCGUGGUGUCUCCGGCCCCAAGCCUCUUACCUCCCAGCGUUCCCUCCCUGGGAUCCCCGUCACCCUCAAACACUUCCCCGACCUGCGCACAUCCAUGGACGGAAAGUACAAGGAGAUCGCCGAGGAGCUGUUCACGCGCAGCCUGGUGGAGAGCGAGAUGCGCAGCGCUCCCUAUGAGUUCCCCGAGGACAGCCCCAUCGAGCAGCUGGAGGAGCGCCGCCACCGUCUGGAGAGACAGAUCAGCCAGGAUGUCAAGCUGGAGCCGGAGAUCCUGCUGCGAGCCAAGCAGGACUUCAUGAAGAUCGACAGCGCUACGGACCUGGAGUUUUUCAAGGAGCAGAAUGAAGUAGCUGUGGACCACUUCCCGAAGGAGAGAGAGAUGCUGGUGGAGAGGGAGUACCAGCGUGUGUCUAUCUCAGGAGAGGAGAAGUGUGGGGUUCCCUUCACCGACCUGCUGGACGCGGCUAAGUGUGUGGUGAAGGCCCUGUUCAUCCGGGAGAAGUACAUGGCCCUGUCCAUGCAAAGCUUCAGCAAGACCACCGCCCGCUCCCUGCAGGAGCUGGGCGAGAAGCCCCUGGAGCUCCGCGUCUACGAGGAGAUCCCCGAAACGCCCGUGGCUGCAGACGCCCCUGUGCACCCUCCGGUUUCGGAGACACACCCCUACGAGGGCCAGGACCCCAAAAACAUGCCUCCAGAUACGGGCUAUGGGUGUAAGAUGGUGGACGGAGUGAUGCACGUGUACACCAAGAGGAACACCAUGGACAAGAACACGGAGCUGGACCUGCCCUACCCUGACCUGCAGGAGUACAUCGCUGACAUGAACGUCAUGAUGGCGCUCAUUAUCAACGGCCCUGUGAAGUCCUUCUGCUACCGGCGGCUCCAGUACCUGAGCUCCAAGUUCCAGAUGCACAUCCUGCUGAACGAGAUGAAGGAGCUGGCAGCACAGAAGAAGGUCCCCCACCGUGACUUCUACAACAUCCGCAAGGUGGACACGCACAUCCACGCCUCCUCCUGCAUGAAUCAGAAGCACCUGCUGCGCUUCAUCAAGCGGGCGAUGAAGAAGUAUCCGGGCGAGAUCGUGCACAUAGAGAAGGGCAAGGGCCAGACGCUCAUGGAGGUGUUCGAGAGCAUGAACUUGACCGCCUUCGACCUGAGCGUGGACACCCUGGACAUGCAUGCUGACCGCAACACUUUCCACCGCUUCGACAAGUUCAAUGCCAAAUACAACCCCAUUGGGGAGUCCAUCCUGAGAGAGAUCUUCAUCAAGACCGACAACCACAUCGAAGGGAAGUACUUCGGCCACAUCAUCAAGGAGGUGAUGGAGGACCUGGAGGAGAGUAAGUACCAGAACGUGGAGCUGCGCCUCUCCAUCUACGGCCGGUCCCGGGACGAGUGGGACAAGCUGGCCCAGUGGGCGGUGGCCCACGCCGUUUAUUCGGACAACGUGCGCUGGCUCGUCCAGGUGCCCCGCCUCUUCGAUGUCUACCACACAAAGAAGCAGCUGGCCAACUUUGAGGAGAUGCUGGAGAACAUCUUCCAGCCGCUGUUCGAGGUCACCAUCAACCCCCGCAGUCACCCCGAACUCCAUCUCUUCCUCCAGCACGUGGUGGGCUUUGACAGUGUCGAUGAUGAGUCCAAGCCUGAACACCACAUCUUCAACCUUGACAGCCCACUUCCAGUCAACUGGACCGAGGAGGACAACCCCCCCUACUCCUACUACCUGUACUAUAUGUACGCCAACAUGACCGUGCUCAACCACAUGCGCAGGAAGCGGGGUUUCCACACUCUGGUUCUCCGUCCCCACUGUGGAGAGGCGGGGCCUAUCCACCACCUGGUGUCUGGCUUCAUGCUGUCUGAGAACAUCUCCCACGGGCUGCUGCUGAGGAAGGCUCCGGUUCUGCAGUACCUGUACUACCUAGCUCAGAUUGGGAUCGCCAUGUCACCCCUCAGCAACAACAGCCUGUUCCUCAGCUACCAUCGCAACCCCCUUCCAGAGUACCUGUCCCGUGGCCUCAUGGUCUCCCUGUCCACCGAUGACCCCCUGCAGUUUCAUUUCACCAAGGAGCCCCUGAUGGAGGAGUACAGUAUUGCCGCUCAGGUGUGGAAGCUGAGCUCCUGUGACAUGUGUGAGCUGGCCAGGAACAGUGUGCUGAUGAGUGGCUUCUCCCACAAGGCGAAAAGCUACUGGCUGGGGCCCAAGUACAUAAAGGAGGGCCCUGAGAGCAACGACAUCCGCCGCUCCAACGUGCCGGACAUCCGCGUGGCGUACCGCUUCGAGACCAUGUGUGAGGAGCUGAACCUCAUUACCCAGGCCGUGCGCACGGAGGAGCUGGAGACCAUCGAGGAGGAGGACACUCUGUCCAUGGCCCCAGUGCCAGCAGUGCGAUAAAGCCCCUCUUCCUCCACCUCCUCUUCCUCCUCCUCCGUCCCAGAGCAGCACAGGGAGACAGGAGAGGAGACCCACCCCCCCCCCCCCACCUCCAACUCACCCACCCCCACACCUACUGAACUGUGCACUCUUGCCGUUUGCCUGUCCAAAAGCCACAAACCAAUGGGUCAGUGUGGGCCAGCUGUGUGGCUCUGUCCAGGUCUGGCUCGGUUGAUGGUGAAUUCCCCACUCCUUGACUUCUCUCCUUCUCACUUCUCGGUGGAUCAUAGUACACGCCUCCUUUCCCUUUUUCCCCACAAUGGUUUUGUGUAAAUCUUCUGGCCAGUUGGUAAUGAAGCGAAGCUUCGCUACUCAGUGUAUUUUAAAGUCCAUCUGGUAAAAAGGCUGCAGUGUUGAUGGUAGCCGAUUCUAUUCUCCUUUUAUUUUUUUCCCUGACGUGACGGAUACAGAAGCAACUGUACUGUCAGAAACCCUGCCCCCUUCACCACAAGCCCCGUCCCUGUCAUGUGACCCUGCAUGUGAAUACCCGUACUCUCCUGUGAGGAAUGCAGGCUCUCUGUUUGGCCUGAACAGCCCCGAUAAUGCGCGCGCACACACACACACACACACAUACACACAUAUGACAGGCCAAGUUCAUUCUGAUCGUUUUUGAAAAUGUUCUAGUGAUAUUGUAACAUCACUGUGGAGAUGUGACAUCACUAGAGAGAUGUGACAUCACUAGAGAGAUGUGACAUCACUGGGGAGAUGUGACAUCCCUGGGGAGAUAUGAUGUCACUGGGGAGAUGUGAUAUCACUGGGGAGAUAUGAUGUCACUGGGGAGAUGUGACAUCCCUGGGGAGAUAUGAUGUCACUGGGGAGAUGUGAUAUCACUGGGGAGAUAUGAGAGCUUUAUUCACUAGAUGGCCUCUGCACACAACAAAGUAACGCAACAAAAACAGUUCUCAGUCUUUAGCUUUUGGUUUGGACGGAAUGUCAGUGGGAAGCAUGUUCACAAACUCCUGCUAGCUAUUUUGUGUUUAUUAGUAUCACAGAGAUUGUGGGACCAAACCAGAGGCAUCUACAUUCCAUGAGGUGAGCAUUGUGCAAAUGGCUUUUUAGCUGCAAGUGAAAAUUGAUUUUUGGGACACUGUAUGUUAAGGUGUUUAUAUAUUUAUUUAUAUACUGUAUGUGGUUCUUUGAAUAUUGAUUUGGUAGACUGUGAGUGUUUGGAAUGCCCUUUGACUGAGUGUGCAAUGGGAGUCCAUGUGUUUGAAUAGGCACCGUAGCCAUGAGGCCCACCCCCAUGCCCAUUUCCUCCAUGGCUCAGUGGAUGCCCGUAUACUGUAGCUUGGAAAAUCAGUGCAGUUCUGUCCGGCAUGCCCCCCUUACCCAGUUUCAGCGUGCGAUUGACGUGUUGUUGUGACAGGAGGGGAGCGUUAUGGACCUCUUGUCGGUGAAGCCUAUUGGUGUUGCAUGCACUGUAGAGUCCACACACCAGCCAGGAUCACAUGUGCCUUCUCGUUUUGUUUUUAUGACUUCAGCUCUUCAGGUUAGACUGCUCCUUGCAUCAAUGCUAGGCUCAACCGCAUCAAAAAACAACAUGAAAACUUGUCAGUGAUACAGAAGUAGUUUCAUACCCAGGCUUUGAUGUCUUUUUUUUCUUUCUUUGAUGUCUUUUUUUUUUUUACUUUAAAGAAGUAUCGGGGAGAUGCACCAAAGUUCCAAGGAUCCUUUGUCACCCUUGCCCUUUAGUCAAUUUAUUCAAGAGUAUUUAACAGUUACAGUUUUAGCCCUGCAGGAAUGUUUUCAACUGAGGAAUGCACACACUGUGUUUGAAGCCCACUACUUCUGGUGGUAUACUACUUCUGGUGGUAUGUGUGCAGUGUACUCUGGGUAACGUAGUUCUCCACAUGCCAUGAAUGCACCAGGUCACUAGCCUGUGCUCAGCCACUGUAUCCGAGUAACUGCCCAGUGUCACAUAGAACUGAAGGAGCUGUGUCCAUCCAAAGCAAAUCACUUGCUUAAGGCUUUCAGGCAAAACAAAAACCCUCCUACGCACUGCUUGGCUUGCGCUAUGGUUACGCUACGGUUCUGUAGUGCGUCUGCCCUGCUCGUCCACAUUAGCAGGCACACCUGCUAAACAUUUGAAAACUUUUGAUGGAUAACGGAAGGAUAAAUGGGUUUACAAAAGCAACGUGAAGAGGCAACACGGCCGGCACUGCGUGCAUGCAGCCGGUGCCUGCGCUGUGCUGCGCUCUGACGCCUGUGAAUGCAUCGGGGGUCAGGGACACUCAGGGGAAGCUACCGGUGGCUGGCUUUGUGACGCAGUGCGAGAUCGCCAGGCCCCAACCUCCUGUCCCGUCAGCUGUUGCACCUCUUGGCGGAGGGCCAGUGAAGCCUCUUCCUCACCUCAGAUUAUCACUUCACGCUUUGCGGACGGCCGUGUCACGCUUCGUUCACCCCUUCCCUUAACUUUGGGACUACUGUUCUUGACCUCCAUUUUGUGUUCAGAUUUGUGAAUGUUUUGAUUCAUCUUCGUUUUAUACCGGCUUUCAUCACCGUUAGACGGCAUAAUUGUUCCAAUAGAAUUAUUAUUGGCUUGUUAUUUUGUAUGCCACAAAUAUCAGAUCGACCAUUUUGCAUUCAGGUCCUUCGUGUUCCUUGUAUUUGUUGGAUGUUUUACAUUGAACUACCUCCCCUUAUCGUUCAGAGUAGAGGUAUCCACAGCUGUGAAUCAUUCUCAAUUAUCCAUAGCUGGGGAGUACAUUAUGGUCUCCAUUCUAGUGCACUGUACACAAGACUAUUAUAGCCAGUAAUUAAAACUUGGUAGAAAUAUCUGUGCUGUUGUAGGGGGACAAGAGAGGGUAAAAUAGUUUACGUUCUAAGUAUCAUUUCAUUGAACUGUAACAAAAAAGGUUGAUUCAUGAAUUUUUACAUCUACAAUUACAUAAAGGGGGUUUAUUUAUGAAAAUCAUUCCCCAUGAACGAGGAACACUAGAUAUGACUUCAGAUUAGUCUGUACAAAAACACAGAAGAUGGACAGCAGAAUAAAGACAAGUGCAUUGUGGGUACUUGAGUUUGAUGGCACCGAGCGACUCUUAUGCUCUGAGCAUUGAGUGUUCAGAGAGUCUGUUUAGUUUGCAUAAUUUACAAAGUGUAUUUUUUUAAAAAGGUAUAGAGAUUAGCGAUUUAUAAAUCUAUAUCAAUGUCUAUAUUGUAUUGAAGAUGGAUUUUGUUUUCAGUCAAUAGUUCUAGGUUGUGUUUUUGCAUAGCUUAUAUGAGGUACUUAGGCUGUUUCAGUGGCCUCAGUUCUAUAAUAAUUAUUGUUAUGAUUAUUAUUAUUAUUGCUCUUAUGUAUUUUUUUUGGUCACUUAUAUAGAUUUUGAAAGUGGACUGAAUGUUUGAUUUGCAUUUUUUAAAAUGAAUCUAUUAAGAGAAAAAUAUUCCCUUUUUUAUGUUUGUUAUUUGAGUGAAGCAUUUAUUUCUAACCUGUGUGAGCGCUGAAUAUUUCCCUCAAGUCACUUUAGUGGUAUUUAUCAGUGGUGUGUGACCGUUGCACAAACCGCCACCUUCCCUCCCAAAUCCAGGAUUCCUUCAACUGUGAUACAGCUCAGGUUAAGGAGAAAUAUUUUCAUUUUGUUUUGUAGUGUACCUGUAUGUCCAGGUGUGCCAGUGGUGCAGAUUGGCCCAGACAGAGCCUUUUGGUCUUCUGUUGUUUAAUGUGCCACCAUCUUGUAUCAGGGCAAGCAAAUGCACCAGUGCAGUACUGAUUGACACAGAACUACUGAGGACUUUGUGAGAAAUUCCUUCUGCCCAAGCAUGUGAAUGUAUCUACUUCCCUGAAUAAACCCAGACUGACCCCAAACAAAACCCAAACUAACCCCAAACAAUAACUUGAAUGAAGGCCCCCGACAAACAGUUUUAUAAUACUACACUGUGAGCACGUUUUGCUUUUCCGUUUGUGUUUGAAUAAUGAUUGUUUCUUUAGUUCUGCAGUUGUUUUUGUUAAUGUUCAUAAAGAUGCCGCAGUGUGCUUACCCCCUAUACUGGGGUUGGUAUGUUUCUCACUGCAGAAGUGAUGGCAGUUUCAGCUGCACAGAUGUUUAAAUGGAAUACCAAAAUGGAAUUUCCAUGUCCUAGAUCUGUCAUAUCGUCAUAGCUAUAGCUCUCACAGCUGUCUGUGGCUUUGUUUUUAUAUUUUAUAUGGUUUUAUACAUUAUUUUCACCAUUGCCAUCUCAUCAGUUUUAAAUUCUCUGACGCACAGAAGGGUUUGUGUUGUGCUCCUUAUGGUAUCUCUCCACACUCAGCCGGUCCUUCGUUUUUGAGUGUGGAAAAUGGAGGUGCCGCAUGAUUACUGCACUAUGGCUCCACAUCUUCAUUCUUCUGUGGAGGGAGGGGGAGAGGGGAGCGUGGGAGACUGGUGCCAGUAGUGAACUAUUUACUGGGCUGUGAGAAACUGUCUGCAGUACUGUGACCCCAUAUGGGGCGGUUAAAACAAGCCUGUGUGAUGAGCCUAGAAAUCGCAAGGAGACUCCAGCGUAAAAUGAUCAUUCAAUGAGUUCAUGAUGAGCACCAAAAACGUGCAUGGUUGCAUGGGUGAGCAUUCUAAAUGGCAUCUAAACAUCCAGCUUCCCAUAGAGUGACCUAUGAGCUUAGAUACCUUCAUCAGAUUAUGAUGUGAGUCAGUGUACCCUCAGCCAGUGCUUUUCCAUUACAGUACGAAGUGUGUUUAAUUGUUGCGAUGGUUCCUGAGCGUAAGAACAUCGCGUUGUGCCAGUUUCAUGGCUCCUUCUCUUGGCCAGUCAUGCUCACAGAUUUUCUGAGCGCCAUCUUUAGUUUGUUUCAUUUGAGUAUUUUAGACAGAUUUUCACUUAGUUUAGACACAAAGAAACACACUGAUGUGUUUCAACAUGGUUAUUAAUGUUUCUAAGAGAUCGCUCUUAUGCACUAGAUUUAGUGCACCUCUAUCUAUGGGGAAAGAAGCUUGUGUCGAUCUGGGUUUUGUACUUCCCUGUUCACACUAAUAAAAGCCUCUGAUUGGUUAUAAGGCUGGUCUGUCAUUGACUGGCAUAGGAGAUGCAUACAAGUGUGUGACAUGACCAUUGUAUGUAAUAAUACUGUUGUAAAACAUUAUUAUUAUGUACAAUAUACAAUAUUCUGCUUCCCUAUUCGUCUCCACAGAAAAGCUCCAAACUUCCAAACUGUUUACUCCAGUUUUUUUUGACCAAAACUAUUACUAGCAUGCAUUCUUGGCAUUACCAAAUAAUGCAAUGCUUAGUUGCUAAAACUGAAAUUCUUCAAUUACAGGACCGGCAAAUCGCUGAAUCCAUUAGAAAAAAGAAAACACUCACAAUAAAACAGGAUUCAGCUGAUACAGAGGAGAGAUGUGUAGAUCGUCAUCUCACUGUAAAUGAUCGUAACAAUGCUUCAUAUAAUAGUUAAUAACACUGUUAAGAUUGGGAUCCCUUGAUAUCAACCCUUUUGUCCAGCUGUACAAAGCACUCUGUCAUGUAUGCAUCUCUGACACUGGAGAGGUAGAGUCUGUGACUCGAUCAGCAAUCAACACAACAGGCAUGAGCUGCCAAACCUUCACUUCAAAUGCCUAAAUUCAAAUGCCUAAAUGCCUUCUUCUCUAAUUUGGCUCAGACUAAAGUUAAAUAAGCAUUCAUCUUAAUGUUUUUAUUUUGGUCACUGCUUCUGCUCUGUUUAUGACUGAUACUGAUAUGUAAUUUUAAUUUUAAUUUUUUCUUUUUUAUUUCUUGUUCUGCGGUAGUCUCCGGGCACCAGCUUUCAGCCAGUGCAUUACAUUACAGUCUGUCCAAUGCUUCUGAGCUAGUGUGUGUAACUUUUAAUGAAGAAAAAUAAAGCAUGUUUAUUCAUCUAA